GAUUUGACAAUAGGAUAAACAUUUUCACACAACUAGUUAAUAUUUCAUCAGAUUAUUUACAGUCUACCAGUUUCGAUUUUAGAUAUUAAAACACUUUAAUUAACUUGUCAGUUUGUUUAAAAAAAUAUUUUUUUAAAUGGGUUUUCUAACGGCACUCGUAUGUGUAGCAUCCGCUGUAUGUGCAGUAGCAUGUACGGCUUUUUUUGUGGCUCGCAGUUCAUCAAACACAUCAAGCUAUUCCUCAGGAAGCUAUUCCUCGGGGAGAUAUUCCUCAGGGAGCUAUUCCUCAGGGAGACAUUCAGGAUAUUCAGGAUAUUAUAGGCAAUCUUAUCAAUCUUACCGUACAUAUUUCGAAAAACGAAUAUUAAACUAUGCAGAAAAAGAUGAGCGUAAGAAAAAACAUCAAUUUCUUCAAAUGGAACAGUUGAAAAACUAUCCCAUACCCGGAAAUAUUUUGAACAUUCAAAAAGAUGAAGACACUCCGCAGGAGAUGCUGGAUGAUAUCAACACAUCGAUUGCACAGAAGUCAAGCUUCAGAAAUGAGCUAAAACUUUACAUUGAGGCAUACAAUAUGAUGGUUUUCUUUGAAGAGGCAGUUGACGAAUUGAAAAUAAGACAAUACGACCGAAAAAGAUUGAAACUUAGCCAUACCGGUGGAAAGGAGUAUUGCAUCACUCUUGGGCCCGGUGCAGAUGAGCUGCUUGCUGCAAUUGACGACAGCCAGGUCAACCGAUUCAAGCUUAUCUCAAAGUAUGGAAGAGAAGAAUGGGACGGAAAAAUCAAUCGGAAGGAGUCGAAUAAGAUAUACGUUCACCUCUUUACUUCGCCAAAACAAAUGCCGUCUACAAAUGAGUUAUACGAUAUAUCCUUCAAGUUGAAUCAAACCGUUUACCAAUUGCAACACAAUGCAAUCGAUUACAUAACGAAGCAUGGACUGUUUGAUAUUUUGAUAAAUAACCCGAUGUAUCAUACACAGGAACGCUCAAUUCGUUCAUCAAGCGAUUCAGCUCUCACCAAUUGUAAUAAUGAUGAGUUAAACAUUGAGCAAAGACAAGCGGUGAAUUGCAUUGUUGAAGGCAAACAUCACCCAAUUCCAUAUUUACUAUAUGGUCCACCUGCAUACGUCAAUGGGCAUCAAUGGGUUUCAGUAGUAACCAACGUGAAGUUGGCUGCGUUGCCCGGCACCGGCAAGACAAAAGUCAUAGUAGCUGCCAUUAAAACUAUUGUUCGAACCACAGUAGAAAAUAUCUUGGUUUGCGCUCAGUCAAACGCUGCAUGCGAUGAAAUUGCGAAUAGACUGUGUCAAGUUUUGAACAAAGACCAAAUGAUGCGCAUGUAUUCGACGUCUUACGACUUGGACAAAAUCAGUUCGACAAUCAAACCUUAUUGCAAUUUAUUUGAUGACGAACUAAGGUACCCCGCCUUGAAAGAAAUAUACAAGUUUCGUGUGGUUAUCUGUACACUUUCAACGUCUGGUUGUUUGAGCCGAGCCCGAGUGAAUGUGAACUUUAAGCCGGAUCAUUUUGGCUAUGUAAUAAUUGAUGAAUGUGCCAGUGCUCACGAAACUAUGGCACUGAUUCCAAUUGCUGGAUUGUGCACAUCUAUUGGGAAAGUUCACGCCAAAAUCAUUCUUUGUGGUGAUCCAAAGCAAUUGGAUGCAGUCACAAAAUCCGAUUGGUCAACAAGUAUGGGAUUCAAGAUUUCUUGGUUCGAGCAACUGUUCAAAAUGCCACUCUACAAACGCCAAGAUCAAACUGGCGAGUUCAAUAAAAUUUACAUUACGCAAUUGGUACGAAAUUACCGUUCCCACAAAGCAAUUUUAAAGGUGCCCAACACACUUUUUUACGAGAAUCAACUGCAAGCAAUGGUCUCACCUGAUAUCAUUGAGCUUGAUGUUGAAGGCUUACUAUCGAAAAAGUUUCCGAUUAUUUUUCGAUCCAUUCAAGGCAUAUGUCGUCGUCCAGAGAAUGAAACUAGUUCAUACAAUCUUGAGGAAGUGAAUGCGGUUAUGGAAUUAAUAGCAAAGCUGUUGAAAAAUGAUGUCGACAAAUCCGACAUUGGUAUUGUAUCUCCAUACAAGCUUCAGUGUAGAAAGAUCCGUCAGGAGUGUAAUAAGAUGAAAUACAUUGACAUAACAAUUGGGUCAGCUGAAGUUUUUCAGGGCCAGGAGCGGAAAGUAAUGAUCAUGUCAACUGUCCGCGCUGGACAAAGGCAUCUUGGGGAAUUUCUGAGCAAUGCACAGCGUUUUAAUGUCAUGCUAACUCGUGCACAAAGUCUACUAAUUAUCGUGGGCGACCCGCAUUUAUUGUACAAGGAUCCGAAUUGGUCCGUAUUUAUAAGAUUUUGCAUGAAAAAUAGAUGCUUGAUACAAGGCCAGCGUAAUUUCUACUUUAAAUAAUGCUUGAAGUGCAUUUUACCAAAUACUUUGUUUUAAACACUUUUCGCCUGGCUUUUUGCAACUUUUUCAAAUUUUCAAAUAAUAUAUGUAACUUUUUUUUUAUUGGAAUGACGAGUGCAAUAAAAAAAAUAUAAAGUAGACCAGUACUAA